AUGUCGAUUCUUACUUACAGUGGUGGUUCCUGCCUGGCGAUGGCGGGUAAGGAGUGCUUUGUCAUCAUCUCUGACAACCGCCUCGGUGAGCAGCUGAAAACCAUCUCGAUGGAGGUGCCGAAACUCCAUGUAAUCAACGACAGCAUUGUGCUUGGCCUUACUGGUCUCCGCACCGACCAACAGACGUUCGCCCAAAAACUCCGUUUCCGCACGGAGAUGUAUAAACUGAACGAGGAGCGUGACAUAAGCGGCAAGGCCUUCGCCGCGUUAGUGGCGUCCAUGCUGUACGAGGCCCGUUUCGGUCCGUGGUUUGUGGAGCCUGUCAUUGGCAGCGUGGACCGGAAGACGGGAGAAGUGUAUUUGUGUGCGAUGGAUCUCAUCGGGGCCCCGUGCGAGCCGGAGGACUACGUGUGUGCGGGGACGUGUGCGGAGAGUCUCCACGGGAUGUGUGAGGCGCUCUGGCGGCCGGGGCUCGGGCCGGAGGAACUCUUCGAGGUGGCCGCGCAGGCGAUGCUCUCGGCCUGUGACCGCGACUCGCUCUCCGGCUACGGCGCCGUUGCCGCCAUCGUCACCCGCGAGAAGGUGACCACGCGACUCAUUAAGGGACGCAAGGAUUAG